ACAUCGAGUAUUUCCUGUUGUCCGUGAGGUUUAAUCGGUCCGUCAGCAAACGCCAUCCGAAAAAAUCAAAUCUUAACAGAAAUAUGAAAUGACAUUAUUGUUCGAGUUUAUACAUUGAGUCAGUGUUCGCAUGUGAGUAGGAACAUUAUAGAAUAGGACCUGGGCUUGCUUUGGACUCGUGUUUACAAUGACGAAAGGUCGUGGUACGCAUGUUCUCGGUGCAACGUUACUGGACGGACAGUAAGUUAACUUUAGCAGGUUGAAAUGUGGACCGUCCUCAUCGUUAAACUUAUUUCGCGGGUCGAUAAAUUGUAUGAUAGCUUAUCGGAAUCAACAACCAGCGUUUAGCCGUAGCUCAGUUCGCUGUCAUUGAGAAUGUGGAGGGCAUGUCGGGUUCCGAGGCUGGCAGCGAGUGGAGCUGUCAGACUGUGUUCGAGCAACCCACCCAAACCUCCACCCUCCUCCUCAGCCCGGCCGCACUCCAUCCCACGGCCCCAGGCGGAGAAACAGAGGCGUCGACGAGAGCGGGAGAAGGCUAUACUGUCAAGUCAACGCAGUACUGCUGAAGGGGAUGCAAUGAAAUGGAGUGAGAAGCAGAAGAUAGAGUACACCGCUAACACGCCUCCUGGGGCAAAAAAAGACACCACCGUGCUGCUUCCGUCCCAGUACAGUCCAGAGUAUGUGGAGUCAAGUUGGUAUCAGUGGUGGGAGAAAGAGGGAUUCUUCAGUCCAGAGCAACACGAGAGGUUAUCUCACUCUGUGGAUCAGACCUUCUCCCUGUGUAUUCCUCCACCAAACGUGACUGGCACUCUUCACGUGGGCCACGCUCUGACUGUCGCCAUAGAAGACGCUCUGGUUCGAUGGAGAAGGAUGCAAGGCCACAGAGUACUGUGGGUUCCGGGAUGUGACCACGCAGGUAUUGCCACACAGACCGUGGUGGAGAGGAGACUGCUGAGGGCACACGGGAAGCGCAGACAGGACCUCACCAGGCAGGAGUUUCUACAGGAGGUGUGGAAAUGGAAGAAUGAGAAAGGAGAGGAGAUCUACCACCAGCUGAGGAGGCUCGGAGCUUCUCUGGACUGGCGUAGGGCGUGUUUCACGAUGGAUCCAGAUUUCAGCAAGGCUGUGACCGAGGCCUUUGUCAGGCUGUGUGACUCCGGUCUGAUUCAUCGCUCAGAGGGUUUGGUCAACUGGAGCUGUGCUCUGGAAUCUGCCAUCUCCGACAUAGAGGUUGACUCAAAGGAGCUGUCUGGGCAGACCAUGUUGUCUGUUCCUGGUUAUGAAAACAAAGUGGAGUUUGGGACAAUGCUGACCUUUGCAUACCCUAUAGAAGGCCACCAUGGAGAGGUGGCAGUGUCCACCACCCGUCCUGAGACUAUGCUCGGAGAUGUGGCUGUAGCUGUUCACCCCGAUGACCCUCGAUAUCAGGCUCUUCACGGGAAGCAGUGCAGACACCCCUUCACCGACAGACUCCUGCCCAUUAUCACUGAUUCAAUGGUGGACAUGGAGCUGGGAACAGGUGCCAUAAAAGUGACCCCUGCUCACGACCACACUGACUUCCUGCUGUCACAGAGACACUCACUGCCGCGCGUCACUGUGAUCGGAGGAGAUGGAACCAUGACGCACCCCUGUGGUGAAUGGCUGAAGGGAGUGAAGCGUUUUGACGCCAGACAGCUGGUUGUGGAUGCCUUGGCUGAGAAGAAGCUGUUGAGAGGAAAGCAGAGCCAUGCCAUGACUUUGCCCAUCUGCAGUCGCUCAGGAGAUAUCAUUGAACCUCUUCUAAAGAAGCAGUGGUUUGUCCGCUGUGAUAAAAUGGCUGAAAAAGCUAUACAGGCUGUGGAUGAUGGACAGCUGGAAAUCAUCCCUCACUUCUAUACCAAAACAUGGAAGAACUGGCUCUCCGGCAUCAGCGAUUGGUGCAUUUCUAGGCAGCUUUGGUGGGGUCAUCGGGUCCCUGCCUACCAAGUGGAGCUUCCUAACUCUACUGCCAAACAAGAGGAGCAGUGGGUUUGGGGUCGGAGCGAGGACGAGGCCAGACGGAGAGCUGCUGUCAAAUACGGAGUGAAGCCCGAAGCCAUUACUUUGACUCAGGACCCCGAUGUCCUUGAUACCUGGUUCUCCUCGGGGCUGUUUCCCUUUGCCAUGCUUGGCUGGCCUGAGCAGACUGCCGACCUUCAGCGCUUCUACCCAAAUUCCAUUCUGGAGACGGGCAGCGACCUCAUCUUCUUCUGGGUUGCGAGGAUGGUGAUGCUGGGCACGGAGCUGACGGGACAGUUGCCUUUUAAACAGGUUCUACUUCACUCUCUGGUGAGAGACAAGUAUGGCAGGAAAAUGAGUAAAUCUCUUGGAAAUGUCAUCGACCCAUUAGAUUUCAUACAUGGAGUCUCUCUGGAGAGACUUCAAGAGAAAGUAAAGGAGGGUAACCUUGACCCCAGGGAACAACUGGUGGCCAUGGAGGCACAGAGGAGAGACUUCCCCAAGGGCAUACCUCAGUGCGGGACUGACGCUCUGAGAUUUGCCCUUUGCUCUCACAAGAUUCAGGGUGAAGACAUCAGUCUGUCUGUCUCUGAGGUCCUGAGCUGCAGAAACUUCUGUAAUAAAAUGUGGCAGACACUGAGAUUCACACUGGGAGUGCUUGGUGACAACACAACACCAGUGAGAACACUGGAAGAGUUGACUCCCCUUAGCAGCAUGGACCGGUGGAUCUGCUCCAGACUCUACAGCACAGUGGCACAGUGUGAGCAGGCCUUCGAAGCCUACGAGCUGCACACUGUCACAUCUGCCCUGUACUCCUUCUGGGUCCACAGCCUGUGUGAUGUCUACUUGGAGUGUGUGAAGCAUGUGCUGGUCCGUCAGGAUGAGAGGGCAGCGGUCCAGGCUGAGACUGAGCGCAGUGUGCAGGUGGCCAGCAGUGUCCUCUAUCACUGCGUGUCCACGUCUCUGGCCCUGCUCUCCCCCUUCAUGCCCUUCAUCACUGAGGAGCUGUGGCAGAGGCUCCAGCCAUUCAGACCCAGAGCUGCAGCCCAGGCCAGCCUGUGUCUGCAGCCUUACCCCCACACCUCUCAACUAGCACACUGGAAUUUCCCUGAUGUGGAGAACGAUUUUUUGCUGAUCCGGAAAGUGGUCCGAGUGGCCCGUUCACUACGAGCCCAGUGUGGAAUGACCAAAGAAAAACCUGCCAUGUGGGCAGUGUGUUCACCCAGCCAGGCGCAGGUCCUCCUUCACUUCGGAACUGCUGUGUGGACAUUAAGCCGGAUAUCCAACCUCCACAUCUACUGUCCUCAGGAAGGAGAAAGCCUCCACUCUGUCUGCUCCACUCCUCCACCUAAGGGAAGCCUUGUCGGUGUGGUGGACCACACGUGUCAGUUACACCUUCACGUCCAGAGUGGAAUGAACGUUGACAGACAGAUACUGCAGCUCACCCAGCGCAGAGACAAGCUCCUUUCAAAGCUGGAGGAAAACCUCUGCACAGUCCAGUCCCCACACUACCUGACCAAGGUUCCUGCUCAUAUCAGGGAACAGAUUGACAGUAAGAUGUCAGCCAUGCAGCAGGAACUGAAGACCACUGAGGACCAGCUCAGCGUCCUGCAGCAGACUCAGGCAGCAGAGUAACCACAACCGAGUGGACAUUACAAUAACCGUGAGGCCGCUGCACAUCAAGUCUGAUAUGAUGAAUCAUUUAUGCUGUCUGAGCCCGAAAUUUGGACACUGCUCGAUUAAAGGAGACUUCACAUAACAUCAUCAUCAUCAUGUUAUUUAUAUAUAUCGCAGAAGCUCAUUGUUCAAACCGUGAUGCAGCACUACUGCACUGUUCGGUUGUGACCACAAAAAUGUUUUUUUUCUGACAAUAAUCCUUCAUAUAAAUCAUUGUUUUUUUU